AAGCGGCAGAGCCAUAUUUUACUGUUGAGUAACUGCAUGCUGGUUUGCCUGCGCUAGAGUAAGAGCCAGACUAUGAGCUAGAAAAAUAAAGUUCUUCUCUAGGACCAUAUCGGAAUCUACUCCCUACUUUCAAUUUGAUCUCGUUUUUUCUUCUACCUCUUGCUUGCGCCUUGUGUCCACUUUGUCUGGAGAGGCCCUGAAGAGGAAGCACAAUGGAACGAAGAGCCUGUGGCAACUGGGCUGUUGUACUGCUGAGAGGGGGAUGGGGUAGAGAGAAGACCGGUUCACACAGCUAACAGCCUGCCUGCUGUAGGUCCGACAGCCUUUCCUCCCUGUCUGGACACCCCAUUUUUAGGGAGUUUUUUCUUUCAUGAAACGGCGACGCUCAAACUCUACUUUGUCUUUCAUGGAUUACACACCAGUUUCCGUGGGAUUUUAGCGCAAACACUGAAGCUUGUGGAAAAAUCUUGGGUGUUUUGGAGGAAACAGAAACUUCUGUGUGAUUUUUCUUUCACUUUUCUGAGCUUUCGUCCCCUGUGGUUGGUUUCUGAUUUAUUGGAGUUCUUGAAUGGAUUACAAGAUGCACGCCAAGUCGAACGAUUUGUUGGAUUUUCAAAAACUGGAUGCCCUUCUGGAGAAAAUUGCCCAUUCAGUCUCUGUGAAAAGAGAGUCCAGUGAGGAGUGCAAUGGGAUCAGUGGUGCUCUGUCAGUGGAGUCUGUGUCGGGGCCAAGACUAAACUGGUGUCCUGCCAACACCACUGCCCCUGCUUCUGCUCCAGCUCCAGCUUCUUCUCCAGGGCCCGAACCCACACCCCUACCUUUCAGAAUGGGGGACGGCCUGGAAACAGCACAGAUGUCGGGCAGCGGUCAGGGGCAGGCCCAGCAGGGAGGCAACCCCCCACCUCCAGAGUGCAUCAACCCCAACAGGCCAAAGCGCCAGACUAAUCAGCUGCAGUACCUCCUUAAAGUGGUGGUGAAAGCUCUGUGGAAACACCAUUUUUCCUGGCCUUUUCAAGCACCAGUGGAUGCAAUUAAACUCAACUUGCCUGACUAUUAUACAAUAAUCCAUACUCCUAUGGACUUGGGAACUAUCAAGAAACGACUCGAGAACAGUUACUACUGGAAUGCUCAAGAAUGUAUCCAAGACUUUAACACAAUGUUUACCAACUGCUAUAUAUACAACAAGCCUGGAGAUGACAUAGUUUUAAUGGCUGAGGCUCUGGAGAAGGUGUUCCUGCAGAAAGUUUCCGAAAUGCCUCAAGAAGAAAUAGAAAUCGUUGUCAUGACAGGAAAAGGACGUGGACGGGGCCGGAGAGACGGUGGUCUAAACUUGAAACCAGGGGGCAUCAUCGACUCUCCAUCUACAACCCCUCAAACACGUGGUCUGUCGAGUCUGCCUACACCUCCGCAGUCUCGAGGACCACUGCAGGGCCCGCCUUCACUACCUCCCCAGCCUUUAUUGCAGGCCCUGCCACCCCAUGUGCCCUCAACGUUGCCGAGCCACGCACCACAGCUCGGAGCUCCGUACUCAAUGAGUCAACUGGACUGUGCUCCCCAGCUUCCUAACCUACUUUCUGUGCCUCUCGCUGGUCAAACCUCUCUUCCCCCUGCCUCCAUCCAGGGGCCUGCUCCAAUAUUGCAAACUCCUGUAACUAUGACCAAACAAAGAAAGAGCCAAAAAAGGAAAGCAGAUACGACAACACCUACGGCAAAUGACCAACUGAAUGAAUCCUCACCAGCAGAAUCAAAGUCCGGGAAGACGCUACCAAGGCGGGAAAGUACCAGGCCCACAAAACUGAUGAAGAAGGAUGCUCCAGACUCUCAGCAUCACAUAGGCAUGGGGACAGGACUGGGUAGUUCUAGUGGAGGUCUUAGUCCUAGACCACAGGAUCAGCUUGGUUACUGCGCUGCUCUGGUUAGGGAGAUGCUUUCCAAGAAGCAUGCUGCCUAUGCCUGGCCAUUCUACAAACCUGUUGAUGUGGAUGCACUUGGUUUACAUGAUUAUCAUGACAUCAUUAAACAUCCAAUGGACCUCAGCACCAUCAAGGCCAAGUUGGAGAACAGGCAAUACCGGGAUCCCCAGGAGUUUGCAGCUGAUGUACGGUUAAUGUUUUCUAACUGCUACAAAUACAAUCCACCAGACCAUGAAGUAGUAGCCAUGGCACGCAAACUACAGGAUGUUUUUGAGAUGCGUUUUGCCAAGAUGCCAGAUGAGCCUGAGAGCAAACAUGUAGUUUCAGUCCCACCACCUAGUCUUCACCACCCCGCUCCUGUAAAACCUCAACCCCCUAUGGCCCAUAUUGCCUCUUCUUCAGACAGCUCAAGUGACUCCUCCUCAGAGUCUGAGUCUUCUACAGAUGACCCUGAAGAAGAGAGAGCUCAAAGGUUGGCAGAGCUUCAGGAGCAGCUGAAAGCUGUCCAUGAGCAGUUGGCUGCCCUGUCGCAACCACAAGCCAGCAAACCAAAGAGAAAAGAAAAGGAGAAGAAAGAGAAGAAAAAAGAAAAGCAUAAGAAAAAGAGCAGCAUGCUGGGUCUUGUGGAUGAGAUCCAGGAUCCUCCGCCUGUUUCACAGCUGUCAAAGAAAACAAAGACGAUUAACAUUAACAAAGAAAUUGUUUCCAAGAAAAAACCAAGUAAAAAGGAGGUGAUGAAAAGCAAUCAUCCUUCCAGCCUUCAACCAGUUCCUAGCCUAGAGGAGGAACUUGGGUCUUUAGUUACUGGGGAAAAGUGCAAACCCAUGACUUAUGAAGAGAAGAGGCAGCUAAGCCUGGACAUCAACAAGCUCCCUGGUGACAAGCUUGGCCGUGUAGUGCAUAUUAUCCAAUCCAGAGAGCCCUCGCUUAAAAACUCAAACCCAGAUGAGAUUGAGAUCGACUUUGAGACACUGAAGCCCUCCACUCUGCGGGAACUGGAGAGAUAUGUGUCUACGUGCCUCAAAAAGAAGAAAAAGACAACAGUUGAAAAGGCAGUAGAAUCCAUGGCUACUUCAAAGAAGGCUGGCUCUUCUUCAGAUAGUAGUGGCUCCAGCUCAGACAGCGAAGCUGAGGGGACAGGAACAAUAAAACAGCAGAAAAAGAAAACUCCGUCUAUGAAGGAGGGGAAAAAGCCUCAUCCUCACGCUCAGAUGGGCCCUGCUCAGCCUGGGCUCCCGCCUCAAGUCCCGCCCCCUCAGCCCAGCAGUCAGAUGAAGCAGCAGCAGCAACGUCAGCCAUCUCCAGAGGGCUUCAUGGCGCCCCCACCCGUCGCUCCUCUAGAGUCUUCCCAACUACUAGAAACUAACUUUGAGACCCUUCCACAGUUCAACCAGCCCCUCCUGCUGAUGAACAACACAGGAAACUCUUCAUCGCCCGCCCCACCACAUUUAAAUCCUCAUUCAGCUGAGCCAGUUUCCCCUGAGACACAUCCUUUCCUUAACCAGCAUCCCAUCCUUCCCUCCCCAGCCCUCCACAGCUCCUUACCUCAGCAGCCCUCUCGACCGAGUAACAAGGCAGCCCCUCUUCAUCCCAAGCCCCCCCAGCAGCAGCCUGCAGCACCACAACAGCAGCAGCUCCAGCCCCAGUCAGCGCCGCCCCCCCAGCACCAGCUCCCAGCUCAACUCUUACACCCCUCUCAGCCCAUGCAUCAACGACCCCUGUCCCCCCCAACACUAACACCACAAGGCUUGCUGUCUUCUCAGCCUCCCCAGCUGCUGUUGGAGGACGACGAAGAACCCGGGUCGACUACGCCUAUUAACCAAGUGCAGUUGUACCUGCAGCAGUUGCAGCAGGCUCAUCAGGCCCCGCAGACUUUGCAGUCGCUGCAGGCGCAGGUUCGACAGACGCAGAAACAGCAGCCAGGGCAGACGUCUCUUUUGCAGUCCGGCCCGGGACAAACUCCAAUCUCCUCUCAGACUUCGCUGCCUCCCCCACAGCUCCCCGUUCAGUCCCAGGCCCCGCCCACAUCCUUACAUCAGGCUCUUCCCCCACAAAUGUCUUUACACCAAGGCCGCCACCUACAACACACGCAGCAGCAACAACCGCCGUCACAACCACAUCAAGUCAACUUCCAGCAGGGUUCUGGACACUCUGUUCUGUCCCAAGUGUCCCAAAACAAGUCCUCCAUGCCCCCCAGCAAAACCCAGCAGAUCAUUCAGCAUCAGCAGCCUUCCCCUCGACCAAUCAAAGCUGACCCGUACAGCGCAGCUCACAUAAGGGACAACCCAUCCCCUCUCAUGAUGCAUUCUCCGCAGAUGUCUCAGUAUCCACCCGUGUCUCAUCUGUCUCCACCUCACAACAUGCAGCCCAAAAAGAGGUCCUCUGGAAGCCAAGGUGGAGUCAAGGAGGAGAAACUUCCUCCAUCACCAAUGGUUAGAGAACAGUUUAACCCUGCAAUGAGACCAGAGCACCACAAACAUCCUGAAAGCAAGCCCAGUCAGCAAAGUAAGAGGUUCCUCUCAUUCAGCAUGUCUGUCAAAAACCAUUCAGAAACACGGAGGAAAUUAAAAACCUGUUUGCUUUGGUCAGAUGUGAAGUCCAUAGACAGUUCAAGGCCUGUCAUCCGCACAUCUGAGCCGAGUGGACCCCCGGCCUCCCUUCAGGACAAAGACAAAUUCAAGCAUGAGUCCAAGACAUCAUCUGCCCCUAAAAAGGUACAGGACGUGAAACUGAAGAAUAUGGGCUCGUGGGCCAGCCUGGCACAAAAGUCAACGUCCACUACGUCAUCAGCGGUGAAGUCCUCCAGCGACAGCUUUGAGCAGUUCCGCCGAGUCGCUCGGGAGAAAGAGGAGCGGGAAAAGGCGCUGAAGGCUCAGGCCGAGCAGGCGGAGAAGGACAGACUACGCAGGGAGCAGGACAAACUGCGAGGUCGAGAUGAAGAGGAUGUGAUGGAGCCGAGCAGAAGGGUGCACGAGGAGCCCCGCAGGCGUCUGGAGCAGACGCAUGUCCAGGCGCCUUUACAUCAACCACAGCAGCUGCAGGUGCAGCAGGAGACCCAGCCAACUGUGGUCCAGCAAUCCACACAGCCCCCCACGCCACCCCAACCCUCCUCACAGAACUCUCUUGACCAACAGAGGGAGCUAGCGCGGCGAAAAGAGCAGGAGAGAAGGAGGCGUGAAGCGAUGGCGGCAACCAUUGACAUGAAUUUUCAAAGUGACUUGAUGGCCAUCUUUGAGGAGAACCUGUUUUGAAGAACAGAAAAAAUGAAACACAACUGCAAAAACUAAAAAAAUUAGGAAAAAAACUCAAGCGACGGAUGAUGUGAAGCUCCUUUUUGGUCAGAUCCGGUGACCACUCACCGCAAAGGGCUGUGGACUCUGGUGGUCCAGACUCGCUUUGACCUCAUGAACUCUCGUGGAGGGAUUCUCGUCAUUUUGGAUCUUUUCUUACGGAUUUAGUACCGCUAGCCUGAAAUCCAAAAAGCAAGAGAAGGACCCCUGUUGGCACAGCUGCCUUAGUCAUUGCCUGAUUUCCUAUGUGUGCAUGGGUGGGAGAAGAAACAUCCCAAUGAAGAGGAAAAUGCUCUGAUGUUCUGACGGCCUGUGCAGAUGUCUUUUGGCACUGCCAGAUGUCUGAAAGUAAGGAAAAAGACUUUUAUUUGAGGAUUUGCUUGUUUUAAGUCAACAUAAAAGUUUUAAGGGGGAGGUCAGUUUGCAUACUGUAAAUCAUGUAUAUUUCUCGGCAGAGAAGUUAGUUUGCCUUACACCUUUUUCUUAAACAGACAAGUAUGUUCUAUGAUCUGCACAAAACAAUAACAUUUGCAUACAGAAAUAGAAAAGUGCAGACAGGUUUUCCAUCUUAUAGUAUCCACUGUAAAAAGUAUUUUCUAAUGCUACAGUAAUUGUUUAUUUUGGGUCUCUUCUUUUCCACCGUGGCUCUUUGAGCCGUCACACCGACACUCCACCACUGAGAUUUAUGCCAAAUUACCAGACAUUCUUGGAAAAGCCUUCCUUUAAAACGCAGUUGGGGAGAAAUGUGAAUAUAAAUAUAUGCAUUGUGAUUGCUCCAGUCGUUCUGGAAAACGGGAUUGGUUUUCAUCUCUCUUUGUUUUUGUCAUUGGAAAAUCCAUCAGAAAGAGUUUGGUGAGAAAAGGGAGAGCUGGUGGUUUGAGUCUUUCACUACACGGCACAGGGAUGGAAGUCAUGGUGGAGAAAUUCCAGUCCUGUUUACAACAAUCAGGCCGACCAUCGGUGACGCACUCUGUGCUUCAAAUGAAGAAUUGUUCCUGAAGUUGGAAGGAGUCACACUGCUACCUGAAAUAGGUUGGUUUAAAUAUAAAGAAACAAACGUUACUGGGACCAGACUGAGAUCUUACCGUAAUUAGUUUUAGCAUCGGAUCCAUAAAUUCCCAGGAGGCACACUGUAACAGUACAAAAUAGAAAAGCAAAAAAAUGACAAAAGUUCAAGCAGAAAACUCUGAAAAAAACUUAAUUUAUAUCUUUGUUCUUGUUUGAUAAUAGUGGAUGUGAAUUCUAAUUCUAUUCUCAGACAUUGUCGGAGUGGAGAUGGGCUGGAAUCUGGACAUAUCUCGUCCUCUGCUCUCGUCUAUUCUAGUGUUUCUCCAGUGCCUGUAUUGUGUUGCAGUUUUUUGUUGGCUUAUUUACCACUUUGAGAGGUUAUAGACAAAAACCUUUAAGGAGUUUGGGGGGGUGGGAUGCAGGGGGAGGAAAGGCCUGUCAGAAGAGUUUGUUUAAAGAAAAAAAAGUGGUUAAAAAAAGAAAAUCCAGCAUUUUAUAAUACAACCAUUGUCAAGUUUCGGGGGGUUUUAAAUUUAGUUUUAGCUGGAAUUCAAUGGGUGUACACAUCUGACAACUACUUUCCCCUUUUCUCUGAACAGGUUUUAGCUAGAAAUGUUUCCGCUUUGCCACACUAGUGUUUGAGUCUGGUCAGCGUGACUGUAAAGUUGGAUGACUGUGUUGGUUUUGUUCAUCCUUUCUCAGCAUUUGGUGCUGGGAGGCAUGUUCCUAGUGUAGAUAAGCCUUCUGUUGAUGCAGAAAGUAAAGAAACAAACAGUACUUCAAAACGACUCAUUUAUUGCCUAAUUCACCUUUAUAACUUUUAUGAUGUCUACCAUGUUUGAGUAUGUAAUUUUAUGAUUAGACUGAUAUGGAAGCGGUUUAAAAAAAAAAAAGACCUUCAUUCCUUUUAAGCCUUUUUUUUUCUCAUAACUGUUGGUCCUGCCGUGCCAUGGUUCUUCAGAGAAUGUGCUGAUCUCAGCCCGGAGUUUGCUUUAUUCAGGUAUUUUAUUUUGUGUUACAUUUGUUGUUUCAGGGGGUUUGUUUUUUGAACAUGUUCCUCAAUGUUUGUUUGGUUUGCGAAUGGUCCCUUGAGGUUGUUGAUUAAGUCUGUUAUAUGAUCAUUGAAUAAACUCAUCUCUUUUUUUUAGAAAGUCAAAA